AUGACGAAGGUGGGGUCUAAGCUGGAAAGUCCUGACUGUGACCACUUCACCUGCAAUCAGGAGGGAGGGAUCUGCAAGCACAAAAAGGCAUGCAUAACAAUGAGUAGCCUACGAGAUCCGGUUUUCAGGAUAUCAGAUCGAGCACCCAACGACUUCCGUGGCCCAGAGGAGAAUUUCUUGUCAAAAGCUAAGUCGGAGAGUGAUAAACCCACAGAGGCAGAAGCACUCCAGAGCAGCCACCAGAUUAGGUUUCAGGCAACACUAAAUGUGAUGCCGCUGCAGCAGAAUGCACCUGUCCAGCAGAAGAUGAUGAUGGCUGGAGGUCACACUUUAAAGCUAGAAUGCGAAAAACUGGCCAGUGAGAAGACAGAGAUGCAGCGACAUUAUGUCAUGUAUUACGAGAUGUCCUAUGGGCUGAAUAUAGAGAUGCAUAAGCAGGCAGAAAUUGUCAAGAGGCUGAACGCUAUAUGUGCACAAGUCAUUCCCUUUCUGUCCCAAGAGCACCAGCAACAAGUGGUGCAGGCUGUGGAGCGUGCCAAGCAAGUGACCAUGGCAGAACUGAACGCAAUCAUUGGGCAACAACUCCAGGCCCAGCAUUUGUCACAUGGACAUGGUCUUCCCGUGCCGCUCACGCCGCACCCCUCGGGCUUGCAGCCUCCAGCCAUCCCACCCAUUGGCAGCAGUGCUGGGCUCCUGGCACUGUCCAGUGCGCUGGGGGGGCAGUCCCACCUCCCCAUUAAAGACGAGAAGAAGCACCACGAUAACGAUCACCAAAGAGACAGAGACUCCAUCAAGAGCUCUUCUGUAUCUCCCUCAGCCAGUUUCAGAACAGCAGAAAAGCACAGAAAUUCAACAGAUUAUUCUUCAGAUAGUAAAAAACAGAAAACGGAAGAGAAGGAAAUAGCAGCUCGUUACGACAGUGAUGGUGAAAAGAGUGAUGACAACUUAGUAGUUGAUGUUUCAAAUGAGGAUCCUUCCUCUCCUCGGGGGAGCCCAGCACACUCUCCACGGGAGAAUGGCUUGGAUAAGACUCGACUGCUGAAGAAAGAUGCACCAAUUAGUCCAGCGUCUAUUGCAUCCUCCAGCAGUACUCCUUCCUCGAAAUCCAAAGAACUUAGCCUUAAUGAGAAAUCUACCACUCCUGUGUCUAAAUCAAAUACCCCAACUCCGCGAACUGAUGCCCCAACUCCAGGCAGCAACUCCACUCCCGGACUGAGGCCGGUGCCUGGCAAACCCCCAGGUGUGGACCCGCUAGCUUCAGGUUUAAGGACGCCUAUGGCAGUGCCGUGUCCUUAUCCUGCUCCAUUUGGGAUCGUGCCACAUGCUGGUAUGAAUGGGGAGCUGACUAGCCCUGGAGCUGCCUAUGCUGGUCUACACAAUAUAUCCCCUCAAAUGAGUGCAGCAGCUGCAGCAGCAGCAGCAGCAGCAGCUUACGGGAGAUCUCCGGUGGUUGGUUUUGAUCCACAUCAUCACAUGCGAGUCCCAGGCAUUCCUCCCAAUCUCACAGGCAUCCCAGGAGGAAAACCAGCAUACUCAUUUCAUGUAAGUGCAGAUGGUCAGAUGCAGCCGGUUCCCUUCCCUCCUGAUGCCCUCAUCGGUCCAGGAAUCCCUCGCCAUGCCCGUCAGAUCAACACUCUGAACCACGGGGAAGUUGUGUGUGCAGUUACCAUCAGCAACCCCACGAGACACGUAUACACGGGUGGGAAGGGGUGUGUCAAAGUCUGGGAUAUCAGCCACCCUGGCAACAAGAGCCCUGUUUCUCAGCUGGACUGCCUGAACAGAGAUAACUACAUCCGUUCCUGCAGAUUGCUCCCCGACGGCCGCACCCUGAUUGUUGGCGGGGAAGCCAGCACAUUAUCCAUUUGGGACCUGGCAGCUCCAACUCCUCGCAUCAAGGCAGAGCUGACAUCUUCUGCUCCAGCUUGCUAUGCCCUAGCUAUCAGCCCCGACUCCAAGGUCUGCUUCUCUUGCUGUAGUGAUGGGAACAUUGCAGUGUGGGAUCUGCAUAACCAGACUUUAGUAAGGCAAUUUCAGGGCCACACAGAUGGAGCAAGCUGUAUUGACAUUUCUAAUGACGGCACCAAAUUAUGGACGGGAGGCUUGGACAAUACAGUCAGAUCCUGGGAUCUCAGAGAAGGGAGACAGCUACAGCAACAUGACUUCACAUCACAGAUCUUCUCACUGGGCUAUUGUCCAACUGGGGAGUGGUUGGCAGUCGGAAUGGAGAACAGUAACGUCGAGGUGCUGCAUGUUACAAAGCCGGACAAGUAUCAGCUGCAUCUUCAUGAGAGCUGUGUGUUGUCACUCAAAUUUGCCCACUGUGGCAAAUGGUUUGUAAGCACUGGAAAAGAUAAUCUUCUUAAUGCCUGGAGAACACCGUAUGGAGCCAGUAUAUUCCAGUCCAAAGAAUCCUCAUCUGUGCUUAGCUGUGAUAUCUCUGUGGAUGACAAAUACAUUGUCACUGGCUCUGGGGACAAGAAAGCUACAGUCUAUGAAGUUAUUUAUUAGAGACAAAUCUGAAUGCAGACAGAACUCCUUCUCCUAGCACUUUGCUGUAUAUUCCUUUUUUUUUUCUUUCUAAACUGAGAACUUACACGCUCAUCACAGUUGUGAAAUUUAUUUUUACCUUCUUAACUUGCUAUUGAUUUGUGAAUGCUCAUUAAGAACUUGUGAUACCAAAUUGUCAGAUUAUCUACUUGGAAGAAGAUGGAAUGAGCAUACUUAACAGUGAACUUGACUCUUUAAUUAUGUAUUAUAGCUGUAAUGUAUUUAUUUUGUUUAAAGAAGGCUUUCUAACAAUGAACCGACUAAAUAAAGCUGUCUGGCCCGGCUUUAGUUUGAAGGUGCAUUGUAUACUUUGUGUUUUUGCAGGUGAAUAAAUUGGGGAUCUUGGAGAAGGAUGUUCAGGAGAUAGUGAAAGUUACACUAAGCAGACUCGUAGUUUCUAUUAAAAAAAAAAAAAACCAGAAAAACAACUUUGUUAUAUUUUUUAGUCCUGUUCUUGGAUGAGACCUCUAAGUGUUAUUACAGUAUAAUUAUUUCGUGGGAAGAUGCUGUAUCUUAACUAUUUUAGACAGUCUUGGAAUCUUAGGAAAUACUGUAGCCAGUAAUCUACAUGCCUGUGAUGAAUGGCAAAUUCAGUUCACAUCUAAAUUAAAUUCACUUUAAGUAAGAAUGUGCUAAUUUAUAUAUUUGCAAUGUUAAUAUAGCAUCUUGUGUACAGAUUUGUUCUCAAUGCUUUUCUGUUGAUAAGCAUAAAGCAUUUUGGUGUCAAGCUAGGUUUUUUAAAACACCUCUCUUUGUUAUAUUGUAGAGAAUACAAUAAGUUGCCUCAAAGAAUUACCUUUGUUACUUCUGGAAACUUUUGCAAUGUUUCCUUGAAAAUGGGGAUAUGUGUCUUUGGGCAAUUUUUCAAUUACAAGAGAUUAUGAAAAAUAUUUGAUAUGUUCUUUGGAAACUGCACUGAAAUAAGAAUGGAUGCCUACCAAUAUACAAACUACAAAAGCAAUGACCUCCGAGGUAGGAUUUACAAGAGUACUCAUUCCGACAUACAAGAAGGAAUGGAUUCUCAUUGGGAUAAGGACUUGCUUUGUUCGCCAGCAGUUCAAUCCAAGUCUUGACUGGAUGUCCCUAAAACGGACGCAGACUGAGCCAUUGUGCCAGAGACAACGUGUUAUCUUUUUAUGUUGUUGUUGUUGCUGUUAAACUAUGAUCUGUGACUUUUUUUUUGAAUGCUUUAAAAAAAAUCUUUAAGUCUGUGGAUCUGCUGAUGUACAGUGCCUUUGCUGCUAUGGAUCAAAAUCAAAAGACCCGUGUAGAUAAAUCUUAUUGUAUAAGUAGAAGAUUACUUAAUUUCAUACUAGAAAUGGAUUGAUGCUGCAAGUUAAAAUGGACUGUUCAUUGAAGUUCCAAAUGUGGUAGCAAAAAAUGGUGUCUUAAGUGCUUAGUGUUUGAUGUCAUUAACAGUUUCGUAAUACUCUACAUUGUAGAAAGAUUUUGAUACUAAACUGUGUCAUUGUACAUAGUUCUAAUGCAUUGUAUUGACCACCAGUACUUCUAUAAUGGUAGAUUAUUGUUUGUGCAUUCGGACUUUUAAGCAUUAAACAUAAGUAACUUCUAGGAUGCA